AUGAGCCCGUCCUUCCUCCUCCUCCUCCUCCUCCUCGCCCUGCCCGCCCGCGCCCGGCGAGAGCAGGUGCCCGGCGGGGCUCAGCGGGGCCGCAACGCCCCCGCGUCUUCCUCCUCCUCUUCCUCCUCGGCGGCGGCGGCGGGGCCGAGCCGCUUCCCGCGGAGCCGCCCGGAUCGGCGGCGGGGCCGCCUCUACUGCCGGGUGGGCAUCGGCUUCCACCUGCAGCUGCACCCCGACGGCCGCGUGGACGGCGCCCACGACGCGAGUCCGCUCAGUAUUUUGGAAAUAUUUGCUGUGUCUCAGGGGAUUGUAGGAAUACGAGGAGUUUUCAGCAACAAAUUUUUAGCGAUGUCAAAAAAAGGAAAACUCCAUGCAAGUGCCCGCUUCACGGUGGAUUGCCAUUUCCGGGAGCGCUUCCAGGAGAACAGCUACAACACGUACGCGUCGGCCGUGCACCGCAGCCCCCGCUCGGGCCGCCAGUGGUACGUGGCCCUCAACAAGCGCGGCAAGGCCAAGCGCGGCUGCAGCCCCCGCGCCCGGCCCCAGCACGUCUCCACGCAUUUCCUGCCCCGCUUCGGGCAGCCGCAGCCCCCCGAGCUCGCCUUCACCGUGGCUCUCCCGGACAAGAAGACCCCGCCGCCCAAGCCCAAGGCGGCCCCGCCGCGGAAGAACCCCGGCCCCGUCAAGUACCGGCUCAAGUUCCGCUUUGGGUAG